CUGUUAAUAGUUAAUUAGAUCACAUGUAAAUUGUCUCAGUGAAUGAGUAUAUGAUGUGGACUGAUAUUUGUUAAAUUUAUAUAGAUCUACAUUGGGAUUAGAAUUUUCGUUGAAUUAAUGAUUGUUGAAUUAUAUUUUGCGAGUUUGUCACUGGAAAGAAUGUUUCCAUGUCACCUUUUAUUGUAUAUGAGAAAGGAUAACAGAAAAGACGUCUAACAAAGGAUGGCGUUCGGAAUUACAACAUACAAAAUGUUCACGGUGCUUGUAUUUCUGGCUAUAUUCUGCCUGAAGAUGUCACUGCAGGCAUGUGUCACAUCUGAUAAAGACACCACAAUCUGUGACAAUUUAGUCCCUGUAAAUCUGCCUCCAAACAUGACACGUGUGUAUAUAAACAUAUUUGCGACAGAUAUAUACUUCAGUGUUUCCUCCUUUGCUCACAAGAGCUGGCGAAAUGUAAAAGUUUUAGACAUAACUGCACAGUUUUUAGAAACGUACGGCCAUAUCAGUGUUCAGUUUGGUAGUAUGUGCUUUAGUCCACUGUAUGAAUUAAAAGAACUUCGAAUGCACGGGGACAAGAUAACAACAUUCAAGGCGGACACAUUUCUUGGUGUUACACACCUGAAAGUACUACAAUUUUCAGUGUGCAGGUAUCUAAAAAUUAAUAACCUCUUGGAAGCUCUAUUUCAUGUUAAUCUUACAGUGGGAACUGUGUCUUUAAAUGAUGUCUCUAGUGCAACCGGUGGUUAUUUGAAUAUAAGUAGCUCAUUCUAUAAACUUCUUCAAAAGAUGAAAGUUGGCAACUUGUGUUUACGGAAAACGGUCUUCAAAAUGAAGCCUCCCCAACCGUGGCAGAUGAAACCGACAUUUCUAAAGGCACUUGAUAUUUCUCAAACAACAAUGAUUCCAUUUAACGAAUUUGGUAUACACAAAUUCUAUGAUAUGGUUUCCUCUUUUCUUCAAGAUCUCAAAACACUGAAUAUAUCUUCAAUUCCUGUGCAGUUUUUCCUGCCACAUAAUGAUUUUCUGAAUAACAAAACGAUAAGAAAGUGUAGUGAAUUAAGCCAUGCGUUAAUACAAAUACUCUUCUUACGUAUUGAAAACCUAUAUGCAAAUGCACUAUUUCGACUUCCGGUCAUAAUAAACAAUACAUUACUGAAUAUCUCAGAUUGUCGUUUCAAUCUGAAAAAGUGGCAUUUUAAACAGAAUAAAAUACAAAUCUUCAAUAUGACAUUUUAUUUACCACUUCAUAAUGAAGUUUAUGAAAUUGAUUUCUCUUAUAAUAAAAUAACAUACGUGUCUCCACUGGCAACCAAAUCUGCAAAGUCACUGGAAAUUUUAAAUUUGAAAUCAAAUGAACUGUUUCAAAUGGAGUAUUUACCAGAAUUCAACGAUCUGUUGGAGACUUUCACCAUUCUUAAGUAUUUUAAUAUUGCUGAGAAUAAACUUUCACACUUGCCGCAGGAUAUAUUUAGAAAUAAUGCCGCCUUAGAGAUAAUUGAUUUAGCAGACAAUAAAUUAACGACUAUCGAGUUUAAUUUGAAAUAUCUGAAGAUGCUCAAAUCACUAAAUAUUGCUCGUAAUCGUAUAAAAUUCCUAGACGGCAAGGCGUUAGCAGACCUGCAGUUGUUUUUAAAAACACGAGCUUCCGCCGGAAGUAACCAUUCAACUGUCAUUGAAAUGGCAGAAAACCCAUUUAUAUGUAGUUGCGAAAGUGUCAAAUUUAUGGAAUGGAUAAUUACUUUUGUUCAACAACACACUGGAAGAAAAUAUCUAUGUAAAAUGGAAAAUAAAGAAACAGAAAUCAACGAAGAUUCGUUUUACCUUGCGAAGUUUUCGUGUUACAGAGCAACUGUAAUAAUAUGUGCAUCAGUUGCAAGUGUUAUAUUCAUUGCAGUGGCAAUUCUUUUAACAAAGGUUAUAUUAAGGCGGAAGAGAUUACAAAAAGUGAAAUGUGAGCAGAAACUCUUUUUGAAAGAUUUUCAGAGGGGCGUCUUGACAGAACAAUAUUUGUGUCAGAUCUCGUAUUCAAGUGAAGAUGAAAUGUGUGCUCUUGAUAUCAUUCAUGCCAAUUUAAACAUUGUUUUAACUAGAAAGUGUCGUUGUAAGCGUGAAAUCAUUUGUACUGGGGAUAAAAACUUUUGUUUGGGACGACCAAUAGUUAAUGAAAUUUUACGCUGCAUUUCCAACUCCUGCGUACUUGUAUUUGUUAUUUCAAAAUCGUUCUGUGAAAGUCAUUGGUGUGAAAUGGAACUGAGAGAAGCUUAUGAAAUGGACAAACCUAUCAUUUUGAUUUUUAAAGAGACGGUAAAAUUAAGUCUAAUGCCAAAAUUGUUACUUACUCUUUUCAACAGGUUAACAAGAGCCAAACUGGUAGAAAACGAGGGAGAGUAUACACUUAUUCCAGAAUGGGAAAGUCUUGGUGAAUCUAUCAUCAAACUAGCUACAGAAAAGUUUGUAGCUAAACAAUCAAAUUUGUUAUAUCGACUUAAUGAAACUUAAAUGUCAUAAACAUAAAAUUGUUAUACUAAUACUGCAACUGUACAGUAGAUUGUAGCAUAUUGAUACAGGCUGAAUUUCUCUCUGGCUAUUCAGCUAUUGAUAAUGCUAUUCUAUACUACAUUAAAGUUGUAAAUAUACAUUUGUCAAUCCUGUAUUCAGUUGUAAAUAUAAUUUUUUCCAAUAUAUAUAGAGCUGUUAAUAUACACAUUGCUAUAUCCUAUAUAUACACUCUCAGAUAUUCAGCAACAAAUAACGGUUCUACACUAUAAUCAGUUGCAAGUAUACACUUCUAUGUCCUGCUUUCAGGCAUAAUUAUGCACAUUUCUGUGCUAUAAUCUGUUGUUAAUAUUCUACAUUCUUUUCAAUUUUCUAACUUGGAAUAUAUACUAGUUUCAUAAUGGGGAGAAUGUUAAAAUUUAAGCAGCGAGCGUGUUUUGUAGCAUUAUCAAAUAAGCAUGGCCUUUGCGUGUUUCAUCGUCUAAUUUGACACGGUUUUGAGCCCUAGUUGUAAUAUACCCAAGCACAAAAUACUUGGAUUAAUUGUUGUUAUAUUUUCCGGUCCUUUGGGAUCAUGAAGUUACUAAAAUAGAAUUCUGCUUAUACCUUUGGAGUGUUCCAUAUUUCAUUUCCAUUUAUAAACAGGGUUAGUCAAGCUGAGUCUACUAUAGUUUUGCUUGGUUGCGUUCAUUUUUUCCAAUUUUGUUUGAAAUUAAAUACACACACAAGAAAAACAUUCAUUUGUGAAAAUAAAGCGGAUGAGAGAAAAGAAUGUUUCUUGGUCUGAGGUGAAUUUUCUGCGAUACGUGAGGUAAAAAUGAUAGAAAUCUUUUCUCUUGCAACUGUUGGACCAGAAAAAACUUUUCAUUGCACCCAUAUAGUUUUGAUGGCGGCAUUUGUUGAAAUCAAGGCACACUUGGGAUAAGUCUACAAUACACUUAGAAAUAUGGUAGUACUUUACUUCAAGGGUUUUCUUUCAUAUGAGUUCAGUCUGUUGAACAAGAUAGAAGAUUUUUCUUCUUGUAAAAUGUUUUCCCGUUAUUCUAGUCGGAUUUUCAAUGCGGUAACAAAACAGGUUUAAGAAAAGUUUUUGAUUAACAACAAAACUUCAAAGUUAAUUGGGGUUCAUAUAGGUAACAUGUACCUUAAAAUUGUUCAACAGGCAUCAGCAAUGAUAAAAAAGAAAUAUUUUGACUAUGGGACUUUGCCGAUAGUCCCCACGUUAUAGUCAGAACUAUCAGCCGAGGUGUGAAAAAAGGAGGUCAAUAGUUUUUAAUAUUGACUGGCAAGUCAUUCAAUACAUUUAUUAUUACUGGACAACAGAAAUAUAUUUUCAUUUUUUUCACAAGCAAUAUCUAAUGUUGAACUAUUGACCGGCCAAAACUAUGGACCGGCGUUGUAUAUAAGGAGUCAUGUAAUAAUUAAAUAUUAGUUAAAAAAGCAAACCACAAAACUGAAAAUUGUGUUUUUUCAGAGUACAAGGAUUCAGUACAUUAUUUAUUAAGACAAAGUGUUAUAAUAGGUAUUUUCAUGAAUUUAGUCACUGUUUCGACUGUAGUUUUCUUCCGUAUUUAUGGUGACUGACUAAUUGAUCAUUCAUCAUUAGACUAUAUAAGUGCCUACGUCCGGUGUAUUAAUGUACAUCGAAUAAUCUUUAAAUAAUCAAGGCCUUCAAGUGGUUUGUCGUCUAAUUGGUCAUGGUUCAGAAUACAGAUGCGCAGAAAUUGAAUCACGAUGGUGUUAGCCUGAGUGGUUUAAUAUCUAAGCAUUUGAACGAUUAACCGUGUUAAACAAGUUAAAGUAUAGCAAAAGUUCCUUCUAGGGAACAUCUAUAUAAAUAUAUAACGAUCAUCUUGUAAAAUUUUGGUUGCAAUGUCUGUUUUAUACUGCCAAAAAAUGUCAAGUAGGUAUUUACGCUAGUUAUUAUUUAACAUAAAUUGUUAAAUCCAACACAAAUUAAAUCUGUUACCACUUUCAGUUGAGUAAAUACGGCAAUAAGACAUUGACCCGGUCAAUCCGUUAUCAUUCGAUGCGUGAAUUUGCUGCACAUAAUUAGAGGGUCGCAAUGGGUUUUGUUUUCACAUAUUAACCAUGCAUUUGAAGAUAACGAUAAUAUUUAGUUGUUUACAUGUAAAUUUGCUGAUAUAAUGUCUAUCUGUUUGUACAUAUGUUAUGUUCUUCAAGAAUGGAGGAAAUAAAAGAAUCAGUCAACCAUC